AAAAUCAUUUCAAUUUAGAUCAGCUAAAUCUGGUAAUGAAGAAUUAGCUAUUGCAUUAACUGAUUGGGUAUUUAAACAACGUGGUGUUUUACGUGCAAGAAAUAUUCGUCAUUAUUUAAAACAAGAUAAAACAACACCAAGUUUUUAUACAAUUAAAAAUGACAUUGUAUUUAAUGUACAAUUUGAUGAAUUUGUUCAUGGUAAAUGGAUGCCAUUCAAUGGAACUGAUGUUCAAUUAGAAUUUGUUCGUAUUGAUCCAUUUGUUCGAACAACUAUGAAAAAUAACGGUGGUCAACUUGAAGCACAAUUUCGUGUUCCAGAUACUUAUGGAAUUUAUAAAUUUAUUAUUGAUUAUAAUCGUAUUGGUUAUACACAUUUAUUCUCAGCUACACAGGUCUCCGUUCAUCCUUUACGUCAUACAGAAUAUGAACGAUUUAUAACAUCGGCAUAUCCAUAUUAUAUUUCAUCAUUUUCAAUGAUGGUUGGCGCUUUUCUUCUUAGUUUUAUUGUACUUUAUCAUCGUGAUGAAAUGCCAAAAACGAAAGUUGAAUAA